AAAAAUCUGAAAAAAUGUAGACCAGCAGCAGCAGCGGACCGAGAACUGCAACCCGGGCUGGAGCCGAGCCCCCCCACCCCCUCCGCCAUCGGAACACAUAUUUGGCUUUUAAGGAUGUGGCAGCGGAGGCGCGCGGGUCCGGGAUGCAGCCCUCCGAGGCUCCUCUUGCUCGUGUCCACCUAUGCGUGCGCUCUUGGAGAUUGCCUUUUUGUGACUGAAUAUUUCACCCGUACGCCUCGUAAGCUGAAUGCUUUCAACUCCUUUGCCAGUGUGGAACUGUUCCACUUCAAUGUGCCUGAUGACACCAUGAUGGCUGUUUGGAACCUCAUCACCUUCAAGGAACAAGGGGGCACGUUCGGAGACAGCUGCCCCAACCGCAACGUGACUGUGUACUUCAGGUCUGGGGCUCCUCCCGUUAUCAACCCGCUGUUCACCCGCUUCCCUCGGGACACGGUCGUCCCAGGAUCCUUUGCUGUGACUCUGACCUGGACUCUCCCGAACCGUACGACAGGAGCGUUUAACGUGACCAGCCCGCUCCCCGGAGACUGGUUCUUAGCAGCGCAUUUACCCAAGGACGAAGGCAAGAUCUCAGUCAAGGGUCUGUCUGAAGAAUGCCAGUAUCUGUUCCAACCUCAGCUCAUCGUACAGAGGCUCAUUGGGAUCUCCGUGCUUUAUCCGGGCUACUUCAUCGACCAGAUGAUCCCGGCCCACAACAGAUCUGCACUUUACAAAGUGUUCAUCCCUAAUUAUAUAUCAAAGGUCAAAGUUCAACUGGUGAACUGCAGCACCAGGAACCGGAGCAGCGACAGUUGUCCUGUGGUUCUGAAGAUAAGAGCCCGGGCUCCACCGGUGCAUAACUCAAGUGCCCUCGACUGCAGGGAGUGGAACCCUUGUGAAUUAGACACCCUCGCCCCCGCCUGGGAACAGUGGUACUACAUCCUGGUGGAGAGAUAUCUAAGUAACUCUGAUGUGUACUUCCGCCUGGGCGUGCAGGUCACAGAUUGCUCCAAGCCCAAUCUGUCAAAGGACCAAGCGCAGCCUAGCUCCUCCAUGAACAUGCCCCAGUCCUUUGGAACAGCCAUGGGUUUCUCCUUGUCUGAGACGCUGUCGGUGGCAGCGCUGCCCGGCCUGUCUCCGAACGCCAGUCACCUGCACACGACAGACAACAGCAUCAUUUACCUCGCACCCACCGCCGAUACCAACAAGUGCUGGCCAAUCCGUCCCACUCUGCGCAAUGAGCUGGACACCUUUUCCGUACACUUCUACGUCUUCUUCGGUCCAAAUAUAUCCAUUCCACCUGACAGGGCCGCCGUGUUCGCCAUCAACCUCAUGCCAGUUUUAGACAGCGGAGGAGUCCUCAACAUGGAGCUCAAGCUCAACAUGUCGACGCUGAAAGGAAUGAAUGUGACGGUGCUGGGCUGCCUGAACCACGGGAUGCCUCUGUUCCUGAGGGGAAACUCAUCACUGAAAUGUGAAUCAGAGUCUGUGGCCGGUUUCUUCCUCUCUGUCAAUGCUUCCUCCAAUAUCACCAAACUGAGGAUUCCGUACCCUCAGACAGGCACAUGGUACCUCAGUCUGCGCUCCCUCUGCGCCAACGAACACGGAUUUGAAGCAUGUACCAACGUCACAGCGGAGGUGUAUAUGCGCUCAUACCUGACUCCAUGCAUCAAUGACUGUGGGACAUAUGGGCAGUGCAAGCUUCUGCGCACUAACAACUACCUGUACGCUGCAUGUGAAUGCAAAGCAGGCUGGGACGGUUGGGGAUGCACAGACAACUCCGAGGCCUACUCCUACAGUUUCCAGCUCCUCUCCACUCUUCUGCUCUGUCUCAGUAACCUGAUGUUUGUUCCACCGGUCGCCAUCGCUAUCCGAAGCCACUACCUGCUGGAGGCCUCCGUCUACAUCUUCACCAUGUUCUUCUCCACCUUCUACCAUGCAUGCGACCAGCCGGGCAUCGUGGUCUUUUGCAUCAUGGAGUACGAUGUCCUGCAGUUCUGUGACUUCCUGGGGUCACUCAUGUCGGUGUGGGUCACUGUCAUUGCCAUGGCCAGGCUCAAGUCCAUCAUCAAACAGGUGCUGUAUCUGCUGGGGGCCAUGUCUUUGUCCAUGGCUCUGCAGCUGGACCGCCAUGGCCUCUGGAACCUGCUGGGACCCAGUCUGUUUGCUCUGGGCAUCAUGGCUGUGGCAUGGACGGUGCGGACCAUCCGCCGGCGCCGUUGCUACCCGCCCACCUGGAAGCGCUGGGUGUUCUUCCUCUUCCCCGGCACCACCAUCGCCACCUCAGCCGUGGCCCUGUACGCCUUCGUGGAGACGGCGGACAACUACUUCUACAUCCACAGCAUCUGGCACAUGCUGAUCGCGGGCAGCGUGGGCUUCCUCCUCCCACCUCGCGCUAAGCCCGACGCCAAGGUGACCCCGCUCAAACGGAGGCGGGGCUGUGGCUAUCAGCUGUGUGUGAACGAGCACGAGGAGCUGGGCCUGGUGGACCCGGCUAUCAUUUCCAUCAACAGCAUCUGCACCAGCUGAUAAACUCCCCCUCCCACCUUUGACCUUACUGACACUUCAUUGCCUUCUUUUACUUGGGAAAUUCACACACGGGAAAAUAAGCCACAGAACUUGAAACAGCAAUGUACAUACUGUAACGCAGAUGUGACACAUUGGAUUUCUUUUUUCUGUUGUUAUUGUCAUGGUAAUUACUAUCAAUACAACUGUAAUUAUUAUUAUUCUAAUCUCUAGUGAAAGUUGUGCAGAUGCAUUGUGGGUGUACAGUGACACACUGUUGUUUGUGAAUAUGUAUUUAAAGUUAAAGCUGAAACACUGCUGCUAUCUGACGGUGACUGUAUACUGCUUCUGUUGGUUAUUUAUUGGUGGUCUUGUAUAAACGGGCCAAUUCUUUUACUGUUGGGGCACUAUCGGGGGUGAUGAUGGGGGGCACGGCUUUUCUGAAAUUCUUUUGAAAUAUAUCUUUUGCACUGAGACACAAGAUGUUAUUCUGUACAUUUUUUAUAACACUAUAAACUACAGUGAGCAUCACAAAUGUAAAACCUAGUUGUCAUGUGGAAUGUUAGACUGUCUCUUUUGCAAUUGCAAUGUACUGCUUUUACACGAAUGUGCUCAUUGUUCUCGACGGGAACAAAUCCAAAGUCCAGCUGCCUGUUGAAAGACAAAGGGAGUCAGGAUUUCUUUUCCAGACCUCAAACCAAGACCUCACCUCCCUGUUCUUUUCUGACAGGACCUGUGCGACACCACGUUCAUAAACAAUAAAUGUUUUCUUUCUUUGCCUCGGUA